GCCGUUGCGCGCUUUGUCCCCGCGCGGAGCCCGUCGGGGCGCUGGGUUAAUUCCCGGAUGUAGGGCAGGCCUGCCCUCUCUCUCCGUCGGCAGCGGCUGAGCCUCAGACGCAGUGCCCGGCCCGUCCCCCCGCCGCUGGAUCCACCGCCACCAUGCCUCAAAUGAUUGCUGAAAUCAAAGAUUUCUUGCUAACAGCAAGAAGAAAGGAUGCAAAAUCUGUGAAAAUCAAGAAGAACAAAGAUAAUGUAAAAUUUAAAGUACGGUGUAGUAGAUAUCUGUACACACUAGUCAUCACAGAUAAAGAAAAGGCUGAAAAACUCAAACAGUCCCUGCCCCCAGGUUUGGCUGUCAAAGAACUCAAGUGAAGAGCUGUAAUUUCAAUGUUCAGAUUUUAUUGAAAUAAAAAAAGUGAAAUGCU